AUGCGUCUGACGAAUAUCAUUCUCGCCGCCCUCCCUGCCUUCGUCUUUGCGGAGGGAGAUGAGGCUACCACUACUCUCACAUCAACUUUGACUCGUACCAAGUACAUCACGCUCUCCGCAGCCGACGUGUCAGCGACGACACCCAAUGCCACGACGACAACCUCUGCUACGACAACUCCUGGCAGCAGCAGCAGCAGCAGCACCGGCUUGACUACUCUUACUAGCGCUAGCGCAACCGGCUCUGGUUCAUCCCAGCCUACUACGACUGACCAGGGCGGAGCUGCCUCUGCCCUCGAUGUCACUCGCAUUGCAUAUGCCGGUGCCUUGGGUGCAAUUGUCGUUGCCUUGAUGUAA